CAAACACACUGAGUCUCAGCUGCAGUCUAUUUGGACAUCCAUCUGUGGCCUGCUAUGACUUCUACACCGCCACUUGCAUCUAGCAGUCGAUCUCCUCUUCUAAGUGCCAAAGUCUCCGAAAUAUACCAGAAGUUGCCCAUAGAUGCCCAAAAAGAGCUCAUCGACAACUACUUACUUCCUCUGCUCGAUGCUGCGCCCAAGGAACGCGCGAGGCAGGUUCUUGCAGUUGCCGCCAAACGCGAGAAACGUUACGCUGGGAUGCCCAAACUUGAACACGACGCGUGGGCAAUUGAGCUCAACGACCUUAUGCUUGAGCUAGACAAGGACCAAAAGCUCUCUCUGCUGAAGGAUCGCUCCAGGCGCGAUGAGAUCGUAGGAGAGAUGGUCGACAGUAUGAUUGGCUGGAUGAAUGAUAUCUGGUCGGUCGUGUAUGAAUACCAGGCCAACUUCGCGCUUGCGCACCGAUGCCUUCUGCUUGUCGCAAGGACAAUUUCAGCCUUGUCUCCUCAUCAUGGCGGAUGCGGGUGUGCGUUCAGAAACAUGUAUAUCUCGGCCGUGAUCAAGCAGAAAUCGGGAAAGACGAUCAAAGCCUUUCAACUUACUGGCGCUCACAAAAUCAACAAAGUAUUGCAGUGGAUCUGGCGCGAUCUCUUUCUCACGUUGCUUGCAACUGGCAGUGAGGCUCAGAAGAAACAAGUUCCGGAUAUGCUCCAGGCUAUUGAUAGGGCCAUGGGAUGGACAUCACUAGAAUAUAUUCUUACAGGCGGGCGCGUAGUGACUGGCUCAGAUGAAGAUGUAGAUGAAGACGAGGAUGUCGACGACUGUGAUGACGACACUGACUUUGGCGACGAUGACGAUGCGUGGGAGGAUGACGAUUCGGAAGACGAAGACUUCCGCGAUCACGCCCGCAAGUGUCCUUUUCAUGCUGACCAUUGGUCGCUAUCCGCCAGCGCCCAAAUGAUCCCACUCCGCUAUCUCGUAGAGCAACACCUCACCAACGUGUUUUCUCUCACGCCCAAUCCUUCGCUAUACAGAGCAGUUCUCCGAGUCACGUCCAACUAUGAAAUCGCCCGCUUUCAGCUCAUCGAGCUCGCACGUGUGGGUGCGCUCACAUGCUCCGAGUCUUUUGUUGGCGCGCUAAAUGUCUUCACGACCGAGAGCCGCCCUGACCUGAUAUGCCGGCUGCUCGACAAAGGCUCGCACCUCCUCCGCCCGCGCGACGCGUCUGCACUGCAAGACGCCAUCCUCGUCGUCUCCGCCAACCGCACAUUCGGCUCGCGCGCGGUCCCCAUGAUUGAGCGAGAAUUGCUCGACACCGCCCGCGCGAUCAAGGCCGGGCUGCUCGCAUCCUUCUCGCACCUCUCCGACCCCGCAAAGAUAGUGGAAAUGAAGACGAUCGCCGCGCUCCCAGAGGGAAGCCUCGCGCGCCAGGCGCGCGUCGAGCAGUGGAUCGACUCGGUGAUGAGCCCGGAA